CUCGGCCCGCCUUCCCAGGCGUUCUAGAACUCUGGGUUACAAUGUGGAACGUCCGAAACGGCUUGAAGGUGGCUGUCACCGCCGCUGUCACCUCCGUAAGAAAACAGGCGAGUUUGCCUGGGUUGCUUCCCGCUUUGGGAGGCCCGUCCGCGAUCACCUGUCCCGGCUGUUCUCGGGCUCUGCACUGUUCCAGACGACUCUGCCGAUCCCCUAAUGAUUUGCUCAGAAAGUUCCUCGUUAAAAAAAAGAAGAAGUUUUGGUAUUCUAAUCCUACACUUGGAUCUGAAAUGCUGCACAAAUCACCCAGCUUGACAGAUGUUUUAAAGCUAUCACCUCCAAAGGUUAGGAAACAAGAUAGCAUUCGUAAGAAAACUUUGGAUGUUCUGUUUUUUCAAGCUGUGAGGGACCUACUGAACACCCCUCUAGUUGGCCAAGAACUUUAUAAUCUCAGUGUGGAAGUGUUUAAGGCUUCCCUCACGUCAGAUUUUUCAACAUGUCGCAUAUAUUGGAAGAGUUCCGGCAAUGCAGAAAAGGAUGAACAUAUUCAGCAAAUUCUACAGAGAAAAGCAUCAUAUAUUAGACAUCUUCUGAUAUCAUAUCGUAUCCGGGUAAAUGUUCCUUCAGUAAUAUUUAUUAGGGACAGAGAAGAGGAGGCUAUAAGAGAGGUUGAGAAAUUAUUGGCAAUUGCUGAUAUGGGGCCUGAAGAAGAAGAAACUGAAUUAACUCAGAAUGAUUUCAGUGAGGAAAGAUCCAUUGCGGCUGAUACCCAUGUGGACCCCUCCAUCCACACAAAUCUAUUUGGAAUUGAUCAUGAAGCAUUAAAUAAGCGAAUAAUGGAAUACAAAAAAAUGAAAAAGAAGGAGGGACUGGAAGGGGCUUCAAUACUAGAGACACAGUUGGCUGAGAUGCGGCAACACCGAAAGAAAAUGAGAUGGAAGAAAGCUAGGAAAACUUACGACGAUGACCUUAAUCCCGAGGAAUAUUUGAUGGAGAGAUACAGUAAAGAUUAUUGGGAGGGUGAAGUUUCACCUUUAGAGAAUGAGGAACUGGAGUACAAGCCAAAGGAAGAUGGCAAUGAAUUAGAAAAAGAAAAGUAGAACUCUCAACUUUAAAUGAAUUUAUGAAACUAUGGGUCAGCUUGAACUACCCUGUUACAAAACAUCCAAUAAUUGUCUUGUUGAAUGGAGAAUAUAUUGCAGCUGACGUUUUCCUCAUUUUUCCUCUCCUUUAUGAUUCAUUUCCCCUUUUCCUUAUUUACAUAACCAUAGUUUGCUGUUAUAUCCCACUCCGGCAGCCUAUGAUUAGUUUUAUUAAAAUUGACUUGUUAACCUGC